GGCCUGGACUGGUUUCUCUUUUUCCUCCCUCCGAAAGCGUUUCUGGGUCAUGUAAGUUCCGGCUGGUUCUCCUGCAUCCUGCUCAGCUCCCAGCGGGAAAAGGAUGGCGGAUCAGCCCGGAGAAGCCCGGGAGGCGUGGGAGCGACUGGGGCUGUGGGAACGGCCCCUGCGGCCGUUGGCGCCCCUCACCGAGCGGCAGCAGGACUCGGUGCUGGAGCUGCGCGAAGCGUCGCCUGGCUUACCCGCCCCGCCCGAGCUUCCCAUUGAAGAUUUAAGCAGUCUUGGGCAACCGUCAUUAACUGUAACGUUGACAGCCACUGUGCCAGAAUCCAGAGAGGACAUCCUUUUGAAAGGGUUCUCUGCUUUGGGUAUGGAAAGUGAAAGAAUUGAAACUGCUCAGCAGUUUUUCUCACUGUUUGAUCAGCUCCGUACCCAGAUGGAUCAAGAGGAAGGUGCUAAAUACAGGCAGACAAGGGCUUAUUUAUCUGGAUUUGAAGAGCAGUGUGAUGCCAUACUGAGUGAUGUGAACAAUGCUCUUCAGCAUCUAGAGUCAUUAAAGAAGCAAUAUCUCUUUGUCUCAACCAAAACAGGAACACUGCAUGAAGCCUGUGAGCAGCUGUUGAAAGAGCAGUCAGAGCUUGUGGACUUGGCAGAAAAUAUCCAUCAGAAACUGUCAUAUUUUAAUGAACUGGAAAAUAUUAAUACAAAACUGAAUUCCCCUACGUUAUCUGUAAACAGUGAUGGUUUCAUCCCUAUGUUGGCUAAACUUGAUGAUUGUAUAGCAUAUAUUUCUUCACAUCCAAGUUUUAGAGACUAUUCUGUCUAUUUGUCAAAGUACAAACAAUGCCUUUCAAAAGCUGUGCACCUCAUGAAAACAUACAUUGUGAAUACACUGCAGAACCUCACCAAUCAAUUAAUUAAAAGGGACCCUUCUGUUGCACCACAUUCAGAUAAUGCCUUCACUUUAUUUUAUGUAAAGUUCAGAGCUGCUGCACCCAAAGUCAGAACACUUAUUGAACAAAUAGAACAGCGAGCUGAGAAAAUGCCAGAGUACAAGCAAUUGUUAAGUGAAAUUCACCAAUGUUACCUUGAUCAGAGAGAGCACUUAUUGGGACCUAGUAUUACUACUACUGUAACAGAAUUAACUAAUAGGAACAACAGAGAUCAUUGUGCUCUGGUGCGAAGUGGCUGUGCCUUUAUGGUUCAUGUGUGCCAAGACGAGCAUCAACUGUACGAUGAGUUCUUUACAAAAACAACACCAAAAUUGGAUGAACUUUUGGAAAGAUUAUGCGUUUCAUUAUAUGAUGUCUUCAGGCCACUGAUCAUCCAUGUAAUCCAUUUGGAAACUUUGUCUGAACUCUGUGGGAUUCUCAAAAACGAAAUGCUUGAAGAUCAUGUACAAAAUAAUGUGGAACAGCUGGCUGCUUUUACUGCUGGAGUUAAGCAGAUGUUAGAGGAUGUCCAAGAGCGUCUGGUCUACAGGACAUACAUCUACAUUCAGACUGACAUCGUUGGCUAUAAGCCUGCUCCAGGUGAUCUUGCCUAUCCUGCUAAGUUGGAAAUGAUGGAGCAAAUUGCUCAGAGCUUAAAAGAAGAAGAGAAAAAGUUAUCUGCAGAUACUUCGUUUUCACCUCUGAAGUUAGAAGAUCCAGAUGGCAGUGUUGUUAAAGCUGAUCCAUUGGAAUCCCAUAAUCCUAGGCUGCAUUCUACAAUUUCACCUGCAGACCUUCAUGGAAUGUGGUACCCGACUGUCAGAAGGACUCUUGUGUGUCUCUCCAAGUUGUACAGAUGUAUCGAUAAAGCAGUGUUUCAAGGACUGUCACAGGAGGCCUUAUCUGCUUGCAUACAGUCAUUAUUAGUAGCUUCAGAGUCCAUUGCUAAAAACAAGACUCAGCUUGAUGGCCAGCUUUUCUUAAUAAAACACCUAUUGAUUCUUCGUGAACAAAUUGCUCCUUUUCACACUGAAUUCACCAUUAAGGAGAUUUCCCUGGACCUUAAGAAAACCAGAGAUGCUGCAUUUAAGAUCCUGAAUCCAAUGACCGUUCCACAUUUUUUUAGACUAAGUAGCAGCAAUGCACUGAUACAGUUUUUACUGGAGGGCACUCCAGAAAUCAGAGAACAUUAUAUUGACUCUAAGAAGGAUGUUGAUCGGCACUUGAAGUUUGCCUGUGAGAAGUUCAUACAGCAGCAAACCAAACAACUUGUGGAGCCUCUGGAGGAAUUUCUUUCAAAGGUUUCUGCUCUGAAGACAGUGGCUACUCAGAAAGGUCCCAAGUACAACCUCUUGCAGCAGCCAUGGGCACAACCAGCCAAAGUCGGUGACUUGGUGUCUUCAACGUACAGGACAAUAAAAACAAAACUGCCAGCCACAUUACAGAGCAUGUCCCUGUAUUUAUCCAACAAAGAUACAGAAUUCAUUUUGUUUAAGCCAGUAAGGAACAAUAUUCAGCAAGUGUUUCAGAAGCUGCAUGCUCUGCUGAAAGAAGAAUACAGCAAUGAAGAUCUCCAGAUCAUAGCUUGCCCGUCAAUGGAACAGGUAAAUCUCCUUUUGUCAAUGACAAAGUAGUCUGAAGUCCAGUUUAAGAAGGCUCUGAAUUGUUGCCUAGCAGCAAGGAAGACACAGAAUAUUUAUCUGAAAAUGGGAGAUGUGGUAUGCUGACCUCCUGCUUUAAAUUCAGCCAUCCAUUCUAGCAUCAGUUGGACAAGAAGACAGCGGGUUUGAAAUCUGGUUGUGACAGAGUUAAUUUUAUUCUGGUUAUAAAGCGGAAGUAUUUUUGAAGAUUCAGUGCAAGCUUCUGUUCUUACUGCCAGCACUUGCCUUCAAAAUGCUGCAAGAAUUACAUUCUCAUUGCUUGCUUUUCCCAAUCCAGUUUCUUUGUAUUGAGAAUCCCUGGUUUUUAGAUUUGCUGUAAAAAAUUUGAGCAACCAAAUGUAAGAAUCGAGGAUAUUGGUAUCUUGUUGAGUAGAAGGCAUCCAUAUAUGGUUGAAAUACUCCAAAGUAUUUGUACAUAAUAUUUCAGUAGUAAUAUUCAAGGUGUGUUUUCACAUACACAAGUGAGUUGUCAAAGUAUCGCAGCUGUGAGUGGUGAAGGUAUAUAUCCAGGGAAGAGUUAUUACUAGAGAUAGGCAUGGCUUAAGUUGGGCUGCAUCGUAUGACUCAUGCUGCAUGGCAGCACAGCUACUGCGCAUUCCCUCCCACUCCCCCCCCCCGGCUGGCUGACUGGCUCGCUCACAAGCCUCUGUGUGCUGCCUGGGUCAUCCACUGUUGCCAGCUGCCCAGUCCGGGAAGGAGCUCAGGCUGCCCUUCCCCACCUCUUCUGGCAGCCGACCACUCGACAGCUGCGCUGUUGAGACUCCUCAUCCCGUCUCCUUGCCUGAGUGGUCGGCUGCUGGUGGAGGUGGGGAAGGGCAGCCUGACCCACUUCCUGUAUGGGGAAGCUGGUGAUGGAGGACGACCCAGGCAGCGUGUGGAGGCUUGUGAGGUAGGCAGCAGGCCGAGGGGGGGGGGUUGGUCAGAGGGAAUGCACGGCAUGAGUCAUCUCUAGUUACUACAUAAUCUCUGAUAGGUCAGUUCUGACAUAAUAGUUCUCAGGUGGACCUUCUGGCUCUAAAAAUAAUUUUAUUGCACUUGUAACUAAGCCCUGAGCACACUGUUCUCUGAAUAUUCCCUGAUUCAUAAUGUCCUGCAGCUUCUUUGAAGACUCAUACUGAUGAACACUGACAUUUACCUGUUCUCAUGCUCUGCAAAGAAAUUGUAACUUAUUGGCACACACAAAAAAAAAACUAUGCAUGGCUUCUGCAAGAAAAAGCUGUAUUUUAUGGAAAGAGGAUGACCAGGAAUGAGGAUUAUUGAAGAAUGUAAAUACAAACAAAGAUGUGAAAUGCCAGACCACAACCAAUUAGUUCAGUAGAAAAGAAAAUCUUAGUAAGGAGUUCUUACUUCAUCCGUUUCAUGGGUGCAUCAUAGCAUUAGAUCUUUCAGUGUAUAUGCCACUGGGCAUACGAGGAAACUGGCUGUGAAUUUUCUACAUAGAACAAUUCAUACACUUGUAAAGUCAUCACAUGUUAUAAUCUACAUCCAAGUAUGCAGUGCCUUUCUCAUGGAAAUACCUUUCAUGCAUACAUUUUUAUUAUGUACAAUCACAUUUUAUAGAAAGGAGUCUAUUGAAACGUGUAUUAGAAGAAAGAAUAAAGUCUUUGUAUAUUAGAAAUUAAAGUAAUUUUGCUAAAGUCUGUGGAACUGAUAAGUUAUACAACAGCCAUGUCUUUAAAAGACAAUGAUCUUUGCCUCGAAAAUAGCCCAGCUAUGAAGAAUAGAGGUCUUGCAUAGCUUGCAACUUGUUAAUUGGUAUUGAGAUUUAAGCCUCACUGUGUCUUACUGGUUGUGGGAACUUUGUAGCUUUGCUGUUUCUAAGAUUAUUUCCUUAGAUACUAAAGAUGACUCAAAAUGAGGCAGUUAUCAACAAUGAAAGGAGUUUACUGGUCUUUGACCAUAAUAAAGUAUACAACAAUGAAAGGAGCAAAAAGUUGACAACUAGUGACAGCGAGAAGACGUUUUAUUUAUGUCAGAUACAUCCACCAAAAUUUAAAACUAAUGCUUAAAAUCACUUUGAGGACAAGAGAAAGCCAGGAGUAAUAAUAGUAAAAGAAGCCCUUUCAAGUUGAUGAUUUUAAAAUGUGUUGAAAGUAUCAGAAAAGUCUUUUUGCUUUUCU